AUGAUGGAUAUAGACAUGAUGCUGAUCCAGAUUAUGUUCCAGAUGAAGAAUAUCUUGUUAGUGGAAAAGAGUUUAAAAAAACUAACCAAAAAUGCUAUAAAGCUUGGUGCACAAUCUCUUGAUUAUUCUGAACGUAAAAAUAAUAAAUAUAUGGCAACACUUCCAAGUGGAAAGAAAAUUCAUUUUGGAUCACCAAAUUAUCCAGACUAUUUUAUUCAUCAAGACAAAGAGAGAAGAGAUAAAUAUCUUGCUCGAGCUACAAAAAUAAAGAAUAAAUCAGGAGAUUUGACUUAUAAUAAUCCCGAAUCGGCAAACUUUUGGUCUGUUCAUUUACUCUGGCCUAAAAAAUGAUUUAAAAGAAUAAAAAAUAUAAUAAAAUGAGUUCAAAUGGUAUUGUUGGUUUAACUAGUCUAUUUAAUGAUAAUGAUUUAGUUAGUAAAAAUUAUGUUAAUAAUAAUUAUGAUGAUAAUAAUUUUAAAAAAGAACUUAUAAAAGUUUUAGAAGAAGGAUUAAAAGAAAUUUCAGAAAGAUUAUAUUCUAUAGAAGUCACAAUUGAAAAUAAAAUGAUUUAAAGAAAUAAUUUUUAUAAUAAAAAAAAUGCAGUUGUCAAGUUAUGAUAGUAUUACAACCGAAAACAUUAUCUUUAAUGAAGCCAAAGAAUACAAAGUCAAAGAUAGCAAGAUCAAAUACAAACGUAUCCCAAUUGAAGUCAAAUAUCCAAAUGGAAAGAAAGGAGCUUUGGUAGUUGAAACUCCACUUCUUUUCAGCUUUGGUGUUAAUGAGAAGAAAAAUCAAGAAACAAACAAGUUAGUUGGUUAUAGUAUGCCAGUAUGUCUUUGGGCUAAAGAUAGCGAGCCAAGUACUAAAGAAAAAGCAUUUUUUGAUGUUAUUAACAAUGUAACCACUUUUUUUCAACAACAUCUAGAAAAUGAAUACGGUGCAGAUCUAGCAUCAACUCUAUCUUCACCAUUUUAUUUCAAACAAGAAGAAUAUACAGAUAAGAAAGGAAAGAAGAAAACAAGAAUAGAUCCCUCAUCUGCGCCAGUUCUUUACGCAAAACUUAUUUACUCAGAAAAAUCUAAGAAAAUUUUAUCUUUGUUUAAGGGAAAGGAAGGUAAGGAUUUAAAUCCUUUUAAAUAUAUUAACCAGUAUUGUAAUGUUAAAAUGGCUUUGAUAAUCGAAGGAAUAUUUAUUAGUAAGACUGUAACAUCUUUACAAAUAAAAUUACAUGAGUGCUUUGUCAAACCACUUAAACCUAGAGAGGCUUUACUAACAAUUGAAGAGGAAAAUGAAGAUGAAGAUGAAGAGGUUACUACUGAGAAAGUAGUUGAAUUAGUUGAAGAAUUAGUUAUCUCUGAUGAAGAAGAAACUGAGUAA